AUGCUGCUCCGGGAAGCCAUCGGGGACCCCCUGAUGCACAAGUACAGCGUUGUCGUUUUGGACGAAGCGCACGAGCGCACUGUCCACACCGACGUUCUCUUCGGAGUGGUGAAGGCGGCCCAAAAGAAGCGGAAGGAGCUGGGGAAGUUGCCGCUAAAAGUGGUUGUCAUGUCGGCUACCAUGGAUGUGGACCUGUUUUCCCAGUACUUCAACGGAGCCCCUGUCCUUUACCUCGAGGGCCGGCAGCAUCCCAUCCAGAUCUUCUACGCAAAGCAACCUCAGAGCGAUUACCUCCAAGCGGCGCUAGUCACGGUCUUCCAAAUUCAUCAGGAGGCUCCCCCUUCUCAUGACAUCCUGGUGUUUCUGACGGGUCAGGAAGAGAUCGAAGCCAUGACCAAAACGUGUCGGGACAUCUCCAAGCAUCUUCCCGAUGGCUGCCCUCAAAUGGUCGUAAUGCCGCUCUAUGCGUCUCUGCCUUACUCACAACAGCUCCGGGUCUUCCAGGUUGCUCCCAAGGGUUAUCGUAAAGUGAUCCUCUCCACCAAUAUUGCUGAGACUUCCAUCACCAUACCAGGCAUAAAAUACGUCGUGGACACAGGGAUGGUUAAAGCCAAGAGGUAUACACCGGAAAGCGGCCUCGAAGUCCUGGCCGUCCAGCGGAUCUCCAAGGCCCAGGCUUGGCAACGGGCCGGCCGGGCUGGCAGAGAGGACAGCGGGCUUUGCUACCGCCUCUUUACGGAGGAUGAAUUUGAGAAGUUCGAUAAAAUGACGGUGCCAGAGAUCCAAAGGUGUAACUUGGCCAGUGUGAUGCUCCACCUUUUGGCGCUGAGGAUCCCCAACGUCCUCACUUUUGACUUUAUGUCAAAACCGUCUCCAGAGGCACUCCAGGCCGCCGCCGAGCAGUUGGCACUCCUGGGUGCGGUGGAAAGAAAAGACGAUCAACUGAUCCUCACUCCGCUGGGAAGGAAGAUGGCCGCCUUUCCCCUGGAGCCCAAAUUCUCCAAAACCAUCCUGACGGCCCCCAAGUUCCACUGCAGCGAAGAGAUCCUGACCAUUGUCUCCCUCCUCUCGGUGGACAGCGUCCUCUACAAUCCCCCCUCGCGGCGGGAUGAAGUCCAAGCCGUCCGGAAGAAAUUCAUCUCCAGCGAAGGGGAUCACAUCACUUUGCUCAACAUCUACCGGGCCUUCAAAAACAUCAGCGGCAAUCGGGAAUGGUGCAAAGAAAACUUUGUGAACAGCAGAAACAUGAUGCUGGUCUCAGACAUCAGAGCUCAGCUGAGGGACAUUUGCAUCAAGCUCUCAAUCCCCCUGGAGUCCUCCCGAUCCGACACAGGGAACGUCCGCCGCUGCCUGGCCUACAGCCUCUUCAUGAACACGGCCGAGCUGCAGCCAGACGGCACCUACACCACCACCGACAGCCACCAGCCGGUGGCCAUCCACCCGUCCUCCGUCCUCUUCCACUGCAAGCCGGCCUGCGUCACGUACAAUGAGCUGCUCCAUACCAGCAAAUGCUACAUGCGCGACCUCUGCGUGGUGGAUGCGGACUGGCUCUACGACGCUGCGCCUGAAUAUUUCCGCCGGAAGCUCAGGGCCGCCAAGAACUGAAACGGCCUCGCUAGAAUUUGGGUCACCAAAUAUACAAAGACACAGCUGUACCAGUUGUUCCACGAGAGCGGUUCUUCCACACAGAAUCACACCUUUCCAUAGACAUGUAAACCAAGGCACAUCGCCUCUUCCAGGAGAGAGAUGAGGAACCCUCUGCCAUCCAUCACUUUGGCCGUGAUCAUGAAAGCGGAUGGGGAGUGAAGCUGCCUGAAUAACUUCCAUCCAUCUCUCUGUGUUAAAUGCCUGCUUGUUCGACAUAAGAGUCUGCAAAUUCGAAGAUGGCCGUGUACCACUUAGCUGGAACAAUUUGGGUUCGAUCCAGGAAAGACUUGGCAAAUCGGUGUCUUCGAACACGGCCCAGUUGUGGGCUCUGUCUGCACUGCAUUUUAAAUUUCUCUCCCAUGUGAAUUGUGCCAGAAGCGGGAGCAUUUUGAAACCCUAUUCUUUUUAGGAUGGAUGGUGCUAAACUCCCUGUCCUUCAUUUUUCCUUCAUUCCAAAUCUUUUAACUCUGAAGUCACUGAAAAUGCAUCAGUGCACUUUUGGUAGGGAGAAAUUGCCAAAUGCUUUAACGUUCUGGGAAAAUACAGAGCUUGGGGAGGGGGGGAAGUCCUUUCUUGGACUAUCACCCCCCAAUAAUCCCUCUUGCCAUGUUGGCUGGGGAUUCUGGGAUCAGUAGUUUCAGUAGUUCCAAGUUUUGAGUUGAAAAACAGCAGGCAAAAUGCUGUUUGAACCUCGGUUUUGUAUUGAGGGCAGAUGUUAAGAUGGCAUGGCUUGCCAGGAGCCGUCCAGGUAGAAUUGCCUGUAAUGCUAAAUCAAUGAUUCCUAAAUUUUGGUCCUCCGGAUGUUUUGGACUUCAGCUCCCAGGAGCCCCAACUAGCUUGGCCAAUAGUCUGGAAUUCUGGGAGGUAAAGUCCAAAACAUCUGGAGGACCAAAGUUUGGGAAUCGUGGUGCUAAAUUAAUGGAAUGAAGCCCGCUGUGGAGCACAUUAAGCCACUAUGUUGCCUGUCAGAUCGGUUUGGUGUUUUAAAUGUUCUGGGCCCUCUAUGCAUUACACAUUUAUAGCACUGCGAUUCCAGUUUAAAUAUCAUAAGAGCAUCCUAUGGGAUCCUAGGGUUUACAGUUUAGAAAGGGAUAUUUGGAAUUCAGAGAGCUAGCGGUGGUUUGAGUGUUGGACUACGACUCCGAAGAUUUUACAUACUGAUUUUACUGACUAACAUGGCUAUAUCUUUGAAUUCUGGAGUUCAGGGGUUUGGUUUGCAAACUCUCACUGGGUGACUUUGGGUGAGUCACGCACUCUCAGCUUCAGAAAAUAUGAGAGGUCACCAUAAAUCAGAAACGAUUUGAAGGCACACAACAACAAUCCAGAAUUCACAUCUGGAGAGCUUUAGUGCGUCAAACUAUAAACCCCAGCAUUUCAUAGGAUGCAUCCAUUGGAGUUCAAGUGAGAUAAUAAAAAAUAAUAUAGAUUAUAAUGGUAUAAGCGUGAAAGGAGUCCCUAACAUUUAGAGCAGGAGUGGGCACAAAAUGCAGCCUCCAUGUGGCCCUCAAACCCUUUUUGUGGCCCCCAGUGAAAGCAUUGGCAUGAUUUUUAAAGCAUGAUAUUUUGCUGCUAAAAUUCAGCAGCAAGCUGCGAAACGUAACAUGGUUGUGUGAAAAGGAGCAAAACGCACUGUGGCCGACAUCGCAGUCAAUUUGGUUCCUUUUAAUUCAACAUCAUCAGUCAAUAUAAUGUUCGCUGUUAUGUUAAUUAAAGUAUAUUUAAAUACA